AUGAACAACUCUUCCAGACUGAUCCCCUCCACCGCCAUGCUAAAACCUUUACCAGGUCCGAGUGAUGAAUGUACCCCGCUGGUGCCACGAGCUACACGUGGAAAGCCUUUGGCUACGCUCAAAGUCCUGGCAUCCAUCUUCGUCGUGGCAUUCCUUGCCUUCCACCUCGUCGGCGACUAUACCAAUACGGACCAUACAGACGUCCAAGACCGUAUACGCCGUCGCGAGGAUAUGGAACGAGCAAAGAGAAUCGAAGGUGAGGAAUUACGGAGGAAGCUUGCACAUCAGCAGGAGGAUAAGAAGAGGCGACUGGCCUAUGAGGAGGAGGACAAGAGGAGGGAAGUGGAGAGGGAGAGAGAAGAAAGGACGAUCCAGGCCAGACUGGUUGCUGUGGCCCGAAUGAGGAUUUAUCAUGCGGAACUGUUGAAUGUACCAGCCAGCGAGGAUGCUCACGGCUGGUGCAUGAAGACAAGCAUCGAUAUCCACGGUAUCACAUAUGAUCAUCCGGAACUUUGCACCUUGGAACUGAUAGAUGGAGCUGUGAAGACUAUUGGGUAUUGGACUGUCAGCUCCAACGAGCCGACGUGUAAGACUUGGUGGGGGGAUCAUGAGAAGAAGAUGAGCGACUGCUUUGGCUCUCAUAAACGGCGCGUUGAUGCAAAGUUGUUCAACCAUCAAGAGCCUUGGGACAACUGGGCUGAGAUGUGCUUCUCUACUCCGUCCGAGUUUGCUUGGCAGAGGUUUGACCAUCCUGAUACCUGUGAGAAUAAGGGAAGGGAUGGUAUCGUAGGUAGCUGGUUCAUCGAGGCCGAUGAGAGCGAGUGUCCAUGA